AUGCCUCAGUGUAUUUGUAUUUUUUUGCAAGUGAAGGUUUACAAUUUACAAGUGUGUAUUAAAAAAAAAAAAAGAACAAAAAAAGCUGCGGAAGGAAAAAAUGUGUUUUGUUCUAGUUUCCGGUUUGUAUAUACCUAUACAACGUGUCCUACGGUGCCUUUUUCAUGGAAGUUUUCAACGAUGGAUGGGCGAGCGCUCCAUCCCUUUCUGAAGUGUAGGCAGACACAGGGACUGGAAGUUGUGGCUAACAGCCUCUUUGGGAAUGUUUGUCUCAUCCAUCACAUUCUGCGUCGUGCUUGUGUUAGAACUGCUCCGGAGACAGGGUUUGGCUGUGUCUAA